AUGUUCAAUUUAAGAAGUAUUGGGGGGCACCUGGUCAUAAGAACUCAAGGAACCAAAAUUGUAUCUGAUGGCCUCAGGGGUCGUGUUUUUCAAGUGAGCCUUGCUGAUUUGCAGAAUGAAGAAAAGAAAAGAAAAUUUAAGCUAAUUACUGAGGAUGUUCAGGGCAAAAACUGCCUGACUAAUUUCCAUGGCAUGGAUCUUACCCAUGACAAAGUGUGCUCCAUGGUCAAAAAAUGCCAGACCAUGAUUGAAGCUCAUGUUGAUAUAAAGACUACUGAUGGUUAUUUGCUUUGUCUGUUUUGUCUCGGUUUUACUAAAAAAUGCAAUAAUCAGAUUCAGAAGACCUCUUAUGCUCAGCACCAACAGGUCCGCCAAAUUCAGAAAAAGAUGAUGGAGAUUAUGACCGGAGAGAUUCAGACAAAUGACUUGAAAGAAGUGGUCAAUAAAUUGAUUCCAGACAACACUGGAAAAGAUACAGAAAAACCUUGUCAGUCUAUUUAUCCACUCUAUGAUGUCUUCGUUAAAAAAGUAAAAAUGCUGAAGAAGCCCAAGUUUGAACUGGGAAAGCUCAUGGAGAUUCAUGGUGAAGGUAGUAGUUCUGGAAAAGCUACUGGGGAUGACCAGUACUAA